AAUAUGUAAGAAUGUCCGCCAUUUUACUUAAUUUAAUAAUUAAUUAAUUAGUUAGUAAAAAGUUUUAAACAAAUAAUAAAAAUAAAACUAGUUAAACUAGUUAAUUAAUUUGCAAUACAAUGGGAUACUUAAUACAAACGAUUGUGUUUGCAAUACUAAUCACAUACACAAUCGCGCAGCAAAAAGCAUUUUACAAAGGUCACACCUGCCCCCAGCGGGACCUAGAUCGGACCGGGUGUCGGGGGCCCACCGACUGUCUCUACCCAAACUCCAACGACUGCACCCGUUAUAUACAGUGCAACUCCGGGGGCGUGGCCUACGACAUGCCCUGUCCGGAGGGUCUACACUAUAGCACCCGUAGUAAGGCAUGCGAUUUCCCGCAUUUAGCCGCGUGUCGGUCCGAUUCAUCCCUUUUCAAAUGCCCCCGAUAUGACAUAUUGCGCACCCAAUGCGAGCGCCAAAGGGAUUGUCUUUACGCACACCCGACUAAUUGUAAUGAGUAUAUUGAGUGCGAGGUUAAUCACGAUCAUCGCACCGGUAGGCCAUCGGUCAGACACUGUCCGUCCGGACUGGAGUGGAAUGAUAACGAUAAACGGUGUGAUGCCAUAGAAAGGUCUACCUGUCCUCUUAGGCACACUAAGGAUAGGGAUGUAGUGCGUUAUGAUCCCGAUGAUAGUUCAGCCGGUGACGACCCGCCGAUCCCGGGAUACAAGUGUCCGCCCGAAGACCUCCGUAAGGGUUGUGACGAACCGACGUCUUGUGUGUAUCAGAACGACAAAGACUGCGCCACUUAUAUCCGGUGCACAACCGGUGGCUACGCAUACCUCAGACCCUGUAGUCCAGGCCUACUAUGGAAUAACAUUAAGAAAGUGUGCGAUUGGCCCGAACAGACCACUUGCCAUCAAUAAAUCACCAUGGUGCACACCCUAAAGUAUCCAGUUAGUUUUUGUUUAGCUAAACAUUUAAUGUAAAUUUUUUUGA